CGCACCUAGCACCACUGUAUCAGCUAUUGGAAAAGAACGCGCGGUGGCAAUGGAAAGCACCGCAAGAGGCUGCUUUCGACGAAGCAAAAGAACGUCUGAAAAAUGCCCAAAUUCUUGUGCAUUUUGACCCCACAAAGGAACUCAAACUAGAGUGCGAUGCAUCGUCGCUCGGGGUCGGGGCAGUUCUGUUUCACUGUAUCAACAACGUAGACAGACCUAUCGGUUUUCGCUCAAGGACACUGACCCAAGCAGAGCGGAACUACUCCCAGUUAGAACGUGAAGCGUUGGCACUGAUCUUCGGUGUAACAAAAUUUCGGGACUAUCUUCUAGGUCGUGAAUUUACGUUGGUCACGGAUCAUCAACCACUCGUGGGCCUGCUGAGACCUGACCGCCAGACACCGACCAUGGCGGCUGCGCGAAUUCAACGCUGGGCGCUGUACCUCGGAGGCUACAAAUACAAACUUCAGUACGUUCCCGGGAAACAACUGCUCAACUCGGAUGCUCUCAGCAGACUACCACAGCAGGCGACCGGAGAUGGAGGGGAAGGUCCAAAUGACGAGAGCGACGACAGGACACUGCCGCCAGACAGCAGUGUUUACGUCCGCAAUUACGGACAGGGGGAGAAGUGGAUCCCUGGUCGGGUCAAAUCGGCGACAGGAGCACGGAUGGUAACCGUAGAGACUCCCAAUGCCAUCGUCAAACGGCACGUCGACCAAGUACGCCGCCGCUCGGAUUCAUCACCAAGGUAUCCGGUCAACGAUACGGCUGCUGGUGGUCCAGGGACCAACCAGACGCCAGGUCCAAGCGCGGCCGCCAAUGGAACCACUCCCUUGGAAGCGGCCGCCCCGGAUAGUACUUCAGCUACUGCCCAAACUCCGGAAAGCAACACUGAACCUCGCAACCCUCCUCUCCUAACUACCGCAGGUCCGGCCGAAGAUUCGCAGCAAGUCCUGCGUCGGUCAACAAGGCAGCGCAAGCCAGUGCAGCGGUUCCAUUUUUGAGGAGAGGGCAGUGUUGUGUCUGCGUCAUACCGAGUUCUGCGCAUGCGCAGUACGUGUCAUUUUCUUCUCCUCGCUUCCACAUCCUCUCCCACUUCGGGGAUAAAAGCAAACCUACGCCCCCAAAUAAACGCUUUGUAU